AUGGUUAUGUUUCGCAGAAAUUUCUUAUGUGCUGGGAAAGAGCAGUUGAAGAUGCUGGCUUCUGUAAUGUUUGUCAAACAAGCAUGGUUUCGAAUGGGAAAGCAGGUGGUUCAGUUCAGGACCAUGAAAAUUGACUUUAACUACUAUUCUGUAGCGACAUCACAAUAUGGUGGCAACACUCCUCCGCCUAUUAUUAGCCAACCACCACCUUCUCAUGUCUAUCAACCGCCUAGUUCUCCAAGUACACCACCUCUGAGGCAUGCUCCACCACACCAUGCCCACCCACCACCUUCACAUGGUCAUGUACCACCAUUUGUUGGUAGUCCUCCACCGCCGUCUCCAGUGAUUUCUCCGCCUAAUCCCCCACCAUCGUAUGGUUCUCCUCCACCCUCUCAUGGUGGCGGCCAUCCACCAUCUCAAGGGCAUAAACCACAUUCACCCUCUUAUGGACAUGCACCACCUCCUACAGAGCACACGCCGCCACCUGGAGGAUAUCAUCCACCUAGCCAUCAUCAGCCUUCACCCCCAAGUCAUCAUGGACAUCAUCCACCACCAACACCAACUUACUCUCCUCCUCCUUCUCAAAUGAAACCUCCAUUACCUCCAUAUUCACAACCAUCGCCGCCGCCACACUCACCACAUUCAUAUGGACAUGCUCCACCCCCUAAAGGGCACACGCCACCUAAAGGACAUCAUCAACCUUCACCCCCAAGUCAUCAUGCACAUUCUCCACCACCGACUUAUUCAUCUCCUCCACCUCCAUAUUCACAACCAUCACCGUCACCACAUUCACCGCCCUCACAUGGAUAUUCACCACCUCCUAAAGGGCACACACCACCUAGAAGACAUAAUUCACCAAGACAUCAUCAACCUUCACCUCCGAGUCAUCAUGUACAUCCUCCCCUUACACAUGCACAACCACCACCAACUCCAAUUUACUCGCCUCCACCUCAAGUGCAACCUUCACCUCCGACUUAUUCACCUCUUCCACCUACAUACUCACCACCAUCACACUCGCCACCUUCACAUGGACAUGUACCACCUCCUAAAGGGCACAAGCCAUCUAGAGGACAUCAUACGCAUUCACCUCUGAGUCAUCAUGCACAUCCUCCACCAACAUACUCGCCGCCACCAUCUCUGCCAACGUACUCCCCUCCCUCACCUGCACAAUCACCUCCAUCUCCACCAACAUACUCUUCUCCUCCACCUGCACAAUUGCCGCCACCACCUCCAUCUGCAAAAUCACCACCACAUCUACCAACAUAUUCCCCUUCUCCACCUGCACAAUCACCACCACCUCCACCAACACACUCCCUUCUUCCACCAACAUAUCCCCCUCCUCCUCCCCCACCCCCACCAACAUACUCCCCUCAUCCACCUGCACAAUCACCACCGCCAUCAUCACCAAUUUACUCGCUUCCACCACCAUCAACCCCUCUUCCACCUACAUACUCACCACCACCACUAACUUCUCCUCCUCCACCAACACAUUCGCCUCCUCCCUCUGCUUACUCUCCACCUCCACCAUCGACUACAUAUUCUCCCCUUUCUCCUCCAUACGGUCUUCCACUAAGCACUCCAUAA